CACUCUAUGUUCAGUUUGGCGCGAGAUCCCGCUGGGAACGUACGCGGUCUUUUCUUACCCGUUCCACGCGUAUAGUUGUCAUCGGAAACAUUUUGUUGUUCGAAUUUUAAAUAGUGAGCGAUAAAUUAUAAAUGUUUUUUUUUUUAUUAAACAAAAUAAGGUUUUAAAUAGAAAGUCGUCCUGUUCAAUCAAUUGUUUUUGUUUUGGUCAUUUAUUCCGUCAUUAUGAUUGUUUUAAUAUUGAGUGGUCUGUUAAUAGCGGGUGGAGGUGGGGCACAGCUGGAAGAAACGGAGAAUUGCGACGCAGCAGACUUGAACGUGUGUGUAGACCUGAUCCCGCGAACUCCUGUCGGCCUGCCCAGGAACAAAAAUGAGUUGGACGCACACUGCCAGGCAUACCAAACAGGCAUGAUGUGCAUGGACGCAUGGAUCAAACGUUGCCUGCCGACCGAUGGGCAGAAGUUACUACAGCAACAAAUUGGUGGAGCUCGUGCACUCAUGCGGUUUUUGUGCACAAACGAUACGGCUUUACGGAGAGAAUUCUUGAAGGAGCCGACGUGUUGGGGCAGGGUGUCUCCCGACUGGAGCCGUUGUGUCGAUGAAUUGCAGAUCGCAGUCCGAGAAAAUACGGAGCGAGCGCAACAGCUCACGUAUUUCAACAGGAACGCUGAGUUGUGUUGUUCCCGCGAUGACUUCAUCCAGUGCGUCACGCACGCGGGACGGUCGUGUUCAAUACAGGCGAGCACGCUGCUCCGGCGCAUGGCCUGGGUCCUGGCACACGACAUAGCAGCCUGCAACCAGCAGCCCCGGGCAUACUGCGCGGCACCACCACUUCCCUACACAGCCCCCCUUCUCACAGCCAUCUAUGGGUUACUAUUUUAUCCCCCACGUUUGUAAAGUCAGUAUUGAAUUAGUUCAUAAGAUUUUGUACUAAAAUAAACCAUUUAAAUUGAUGAAUACAAAAAACAAGAAUAAUUUUGAAAACGAUUUUGUUUUUGACCAUUUAUUUAGGCAACAUUUUCUAAAAUCUGCAUCGCUCUCUAUUAAAAUGUACAUAGUUUAAAUUAGUUAUGCAAUGAAAACUAGAAAAGUAGCUCAGAGGAUGUAAAUAAUAAAAGAAACAUCACCUAGGUAUCUAAAUAAAAUAGACAGUUCAUCCCAUCCAGAUUAAAAACCAUUUUGAAAAACCUUUAAUAAAAUGGUUCGGUUCACUAAUAUAGGUAAGUUUAGGUAGUCUCCUUGAACCCUUAGUAUGAGAUUGCUUUACGGUUAAAGUGAUGGAAACGAAAGUGCAUUCAGCGCUUUGAUUGUCCGGCUCGAAUAAUCCAACCAAUCAGAACGCCGAAUGUGCUCUCGUUUCGAUUACUUUAAACGUAAAGCAUACUAAGUCGUACUACUAAGUCGUCGUACUAAGGGUACUAUAGUAGACGAACGAACGAAACCUAUAAGUAUUUGUUCAUUCAAUGGAAAAAUAAAUCUGGCUUGUUGAAUUCAAAACUCGUGAAAAACGUCUUGUCGUAACGAUGUAAUUGAUUAAUUUUCUUCACAAAUAUUUGAAAUGUCUCUAGGCCAAGAUCAAGGACUUUGUUAACAUUGUGCAAGAAAGAAGUUGUGUAAUCCUUUGAUAGCUUACUUGUAUAAACAUCAAAAUUGUAUAUACCUAUUCACCCUCUCAUUAUAUAAACCCUUAACUUGUAUCAGAUAGCAAAUUUAGCGUAACUUUACGUAAAAGUUACUUGUGGAAGAAUAAUUUGUGAAGGAUCAUUGUUACCCUUUUAUGUAAAGUCGACCCUAUACUCGGCAACAUAAAGUAUUUUUUGCAAGCUAAUGUACCUACUUACGUAUGUUUUUUUUUUUUAUAAUAAUGUAAAAUCAGCCUGUAUGUGUCACAGCAUAGGAUUGUAAUAGAAAUUUUAUAAAAAUACUCGAGACUGUAAUAUCAGCUAAUCCUGUGUUCUAAAUUCAAGUUUGAAUAAUUGAAAUAAAUUGUAUGUUGCCAAAGUGUGUAGAUAUUUUUUUUAAUUACUAUAGUCGUGCUAUUCGUUUAGAAAUGUGUAAAAUUGUUGUUAAUAAUUUUAUUUUAUUGAUGUAAAUAAUUAGAUAAUUUAAUUAUUGAGUACUUUUAAGUAAAAUAAGUAUGAAUUUUGUACACAUAUAAUUAUAGUUGUCUGUUUUGUUACAUUACGUAAAUUAUAAAAAAUAAAAUAGAUGUACAGUUCGUACUAAGUUAUUUUGCUGCGUGUGUCAAGUAAAAUUAAAAAAAAUAAAUAAAUGGAAUUUAAAUA